GGUUAUUGAUUACAAAUAAGACACGUGGCCGGUUAUUAAUAAAAAUAAGGACCAUCUCAAAUGUGUAAGCAUUUGUGUCCGCAAAGCUGGGUUGCCUUGGUGGAACGUUUAAGGCUUUAAUUUCAGUUUGGUUGGGAGUACUCUUUAUUUUAGGAGAGGAGUCAGUAUUACAAACUAGAGUACUACUUGUUCUACUGCUGCAAUGGCGUUGGCUUCACCAGCUGUUGCAUAUUUUACUGAAUUCAGGAAUACCACCUUCAACCGCCGCAAUUUCACAAUUCGCGCCACUGCUACUGCUCCUCCUCCCGGCCCUCGGAAAGACGUUGGUUCCAGUUCCGAUGAUUACGCCUCUUUCGCCCGCAGAAGUAGGAGUGUCAGUGUCGGAGAGAUGUCUGCCGAUAUCAAGCGUGUCAGAGCUCGCAUGGAAGAGAAUGAAGAUUUGGCUAUUCUUAUGCGCGGUCUCAGGGGACAGAAUCUCUCCGACUCCCAAUUUGCUGCCGAUGAUGUCCAACUCCGCUUGGUUGAGGUUGAUGAAAGCAGCGAGUUCCUUCCAUUGGUAUAUGAUCCGGCAAGCAUAUCCUCAUAUUGGGGCAAGCGGCCACGUGCUGUUGCAACACGUGUUGUGCAAUUGCUUUCUGUUGCAGGAGGUUUUCUUUCUCGUCUUGGAUGGGAUGUGAUCAAUAAGAAAGUCAAGGAGAAUGAAGUUGCACGAGCAAUUGAAUUAAGGGAGAUUGUGACCUCUUUGGGACCUGCAUACAUCAAACUGGGGCAAGCUCUUAGCAUUAGACCAGAUAUACUGUCACCAUCUGCAAUGACUGAACUCCAAAAACUAUGUGACAAGGUUCCAUCGUUCCCGGAUGAUGUUGCAAUGGCUCUAAUAGAGGAGGAGCUUGGAAGUCCUUGGCCUGAAAUUUAUGAUGAGCUUUCAUCCUCUCCAAUUGCUGCUGCAUCUCUGGGACAGGUUUAUAAAGGUCGAUUAAAAGAAAAUGGGGAUUUGGUUGCUGUCAAAGUGCAGAGACCUUUUGUUCUGGAGACUGUAACAGUUGAUCUGUUCAUCAUUCGUAACUUGGGAUUGGUUCUUCGCAAAUUCCCUCAGAUCUCGGUUGAUGUGGUUGGCUUGGUCGAUGAAUGGGCAGCACGUUUCUUUGAAGAGCUUGAUUAUGUAAAUGAGGGUGAAAAUGGUACAAUAUUUGCAGAAAUGAUGCGAAAGGACCUUCCACAGGUGGUUGUACCAAAAACCUACACUAAGUAUACUUCAAGAAAGGUUCUUACUACUCAAUGGAUUGAUGGUGAAAAACUAUCGCAAAGCACAGAGAGUGAUGUUGGUGAGCUGGUUAAUGUUGGGGUUAUAUGCUAUCUGAAGCAGUUGCUUGAUACUGGUUUUUUCCAUGCUGAUCCGCACCCAGGAAAUCUAAUCCGAACUCCUGAUGGGAAGUUGGCGAUACUUGAUUUUGGCUUGGUUACAAAAUUAACUGAUGAUCAAAAGUAUGGGAUGAUUGAAGCAAUUGCUCACCUAAUUCAUAGAGAUUAUGAAGCUAUAGUCAAAGAUUUUGUCAAAUUGGAUUUUAUACCGGAGGGGGUUAAUUUGGACCCCAUUUUACCUGUUCUCACAAAAGUUUUUGACCAAGCACUUGAAGGAGGGGGAGCAAAGAACAUCAACUUUCAAGAGCUUGCAUCAGAUCUAGCACAGAUAACUUUUGAUUAUCCAUUCCGUAUACCCCCUUAUUUUGCUUUAAUAAUUCGAGCAAUAGGGGUGUUAGAAGGCAUAGCUUUGGUCGGAAAUCCUGAAUUUGCUAUUGUGGAUGAAGCCUAUCCAUAUAUUGCGCAGAGGCUCUUAACUGAUGAUUCCUCACGUUUAAGGAAAGCUCUUCGAUAUACCAUAUAUGGAAGAUCUGGAGUUUUUGAUGCUGAGAGAUUUAUCGAUGUGAUGCAAGCUUUUGAAAAUUUCAUUGUGGCAGCUAAAAGUGGAGGAGGAGAGGAUUUGAAUGGUAGAAUGGCAGAACUUGGGAUUCUCCAGAGUGAACAGAAUAAUGAUUUUGCUGGUUUCUCAAUAAAUUCAUCAACGAAUCAGCAGAUUCAGACAAGAGCAGCUUUGUCAUUUUUGUUAUCUGACAAAGGAAACUUUUUCCGGGAAUUUCUUCUGGAUGAGAUUGUAAAAGGCAUCGAUGCAGUGACAAGGGAGCAGCUGGUAAAAAUUACAUCUUCCCUUGGUAUUGCUCCUGUAAUCAGUAUAUUUCCUGCCUUUGGGCCCAUUAAACCUGUAUCACUUCUACCCACUAUCAAUGAGGAGGACAAAAUCAUUCUAAACAAUGUCCAAAGAGUAGUUGAGUUUCUUAUAGCUGGAAGUUCAUUGACAAGAAAAUCAAAUGAGGCCAUAAAUGCUGAUCAGGCCAUGAGGGAGCUCCUUCCACUGUUGCCAGGCUUGUCUGCUAAAGUGUUGCCUGAAGUCAUUAGUCGGCUGGGUUCAAGAGUGGCAGCACGUUUGAUUCGUGAUACAUUGAUGUAAGUAGUCACAGGUUCACAGUACGUUGAAGCAAAGUGUACAGUCUCACAUACUGCCUGGCCUUAUGCUCUGAUAGGAUUCAUCAACUGAGUACAUUAUAUCUUCUGCCACACUUAUAUUAUGCACUGACAGAAUAAUUUCAGUGAGACCAGGUGAAAACUAAUGAGCAAUGGAGCAGUAGUUGAGUAUACAUGUUUAUUUUUUUGUCAUUAACCUUCCCACAAAAUUCAGUGAGAUAUAAGUCCCCAAAAGUUACUCUAAUUUAUUUUUUGAAAUAUAUAUCAAUGAAUUGUAAUAUGGAGUCUAUCAGGAAUUUUGGGAGGAGGGAUGAAGAUGAAAGCAUUCAUUAUUUGCCAUGCUUUGUCUUUUUUCUAUUGCAGUCUCAGUUGUUUAUAGUGUUAUACUGUUAUUAAUGCCAUAGUGUCCUUUAUAGCAA